CACCAAGUUGUACAUAUCUACACGACAUAAUUAGUAUAAUUUCGAUAUUAUAGUUAGAUUCUCAAUCUCGAAGGUUUUGAUGAAAGGUUGUAAUUCGAUGAAGCCUUCUGAUCACCAUAAUCUCCUCAGCCAUCUCAGGCCUUCUAGGAAGCUCAGCCAUGUUGCUCUCUUUGGAUGCCUUCUCAUCACUCUUCUUCUUGUGUGCCUCAUGAAGUCCAGUUCCAGCACCAUGGUUACAUUAAGUAUGCAACUUUCAAGCUAUGAAAAUGUUUCUCUGCCCAUGGUGCGAGAAUCAGGUGUGGUUCAACAAGAUGCAGAUCUAACAACCAAGGAAACCUCUACAGUAGCAGAAGAAGAGAAGACGAAGGAAUCAGCAUCGAGCAAUCAAACAGUGUCGCUGCAGCUAGAAUUCGACCAAAAUGAAGAUGGUGAUGACUCAAAUACAAUCGCAGACUCGAUUUUGUCAAAUUCACCUCCCGACUCAAAUGAAAAGGAAGAAGAAGAGCUGACAGAAUCCAACGGAGAGAUCCCAAGGAAGGAGAGCCGUGUGAUGUGCGACUUCACGGCUCCUCGAUCCGACACGUGUCAGGUCGACGGCGACGUCCGAGUGGUCCCCAAAUCCUCCACCAUCCUCCUGGCGUCGCCUCUCACGCGUCCGUCGCAGAACACGACAUGGAAGCUGCGGCCCUACCCUCGCAAGUGGGAGCACGCCACCAUGGAACCCAUCAAGGAGCUCACCAUCUCCCUCGCCACUGCCACCGCCGCCGACUACCAGCGCCGACAGCCACCACCUCCUCGCUGCACAGUCACCCACGCCGUCCCCGCCGCCUUUUUCUCCACCGGAGGCUUCGUCGGAAACUACUUCCACGAUUUCACCGACGUCAUCAUCCCCCUUUUCAUGACCGUCCGCCGAUUCCACGGAGAGGUCCGCUUCCUCGUCUCCGACUUCAACUACCCCUUCAUGGUCAAGUAUCGCCCCAUCCUGGAGCGCCUCUCCAAUUACCCGCCCAUCAAUCUCGACGCCGGCGACGGCGAAGUACACUGCUUCCCGCAAGCCCACGUCGGCCUCUUCAGUCACCGCGCGCUCGGAAUCGACGCCACCAAGUCCCCUGACGGCGUCUCCAUGCGCGACUUCAGGGACUUCCUAAGAAGUUGCUUCUCCCUGAAAUUACGAAGCAUCAGCAGGGGAAUUUCCCGGGGCAAGCCCAGGCUGCUGCUGAUUCUCCGGCGAGGGUCUCGGUCCUUCGUGAACGAGAGGGAGGUGAUGAGAAUGGUGAAGUCCGUGGGGUUCAAGCUGAUCACGGCGGGCCCAGAGGAGGCGCGGAACAUAUCCCGCUUCGCGCGGCUGGUCAACUCCGUCGACGUGCUGAUGGGGAUCCACGGCGCUGGGUUGACCAACAUGGUGUUCCUGCCGGCGAACGCGACGGUGGUGCAGAUUAUCCCCUGCUGCCAGUUGGCCGACGGGUGCAGGUACAUCUUCGCGGAGCCGGCGCCGGCGAUGGGACUCAAGUACGCGGAAUAUGAGAUCAAAGUGGAGGAGAGCACGCUGUGGGAGAAGUACCCGAGAGAUCAUGUCGUCUUCAGGGACCCGAUUUCGAUCCAGAAGAAGCAGGGAUUCAAUGCGUUCUGGAAUAUAUUUCUCAACCACCAAAAGGGAGAAUUGAUGCUGCCACGGAGACGAACUGAGAGGAUGAAGAUGAUGGAUCUGGAAAUGAAAGCUCUUGAUGGGUUUCUUCUUUUCUUUGUUGUGUUUUGGCUGUGGAGUACCGCCAGACCUGGGUUGAGGAGGCUUUUGAUCUUUCGGUGACUUCCGAGAUCGGACAUUUGUUUCGUCUCAGUUUAAUUAAUAUAAUAAGAAAGUUCACUGAGGAAUGUGAACUCCGCAAA